AUGCCGGAACUUGACGCUGGAGAUGACACGCGAUUACUGGACGUAGGAGGCAGUACGACUGCACAUUCUUUUCAUUCCGAUUCUUGUGCGGGCAGUACUUUGGCAUAUUCGGAUUUAGAAGAAAGUGAGUCUCCUCUGGACCAAAAACAUCUUAACUUGGUCCAUGAAGAGCUGGAGAAAUUAAAUAUUGCUACUGACGUCAUCAACAAACUCGAGGUCCAACUCGAUAGUGCAAGGGCUUGUUUUAGAGAGAUCCAGGCGUCUUGGUCCGAGAAACUGAAGGAAAUGUCGCGAAAAUACGGCGCUGCGAUUGCUAAAGCUCGUCCAUAUUAUGAGGCGAAAGUUCAGGAACGAAAGUUGCGUGAGGAGUCUCAAAGAGCUGCGAUACGUUUUGAACGUGCCACCUCGCUGCUAGCUGUAGCCAAACAGCAGGUAGCGCUUACGCAGGAUAGCCUGAAUCGGCAAACGACAGUACAUCCGGAAUGUCUAGAGGUUCUUAAUCAUCAUAUUCAACGUGUGAACGAAGCAGAGGAGGAGCGGUUGGCAAGCGGUGAUGAGCAUCGCUCGAUUUCAGAGCGAUUAUUGGUAUUAGCGGACCAAAUUCACAAAAUGGAGAAGGACCAAAGGUCAUCCAUAAAGAAGUCUCGGACCUACUUCGAUCAGCGCUUGGAGUUCACUCGAGUCUUAGAACGGCAGAAGGACCUGAUUUUGAGGCUUGAAGCUGAGGUUCGGCAAAAGAAGUGCGACUACACUACUUCGCUGCGGAACUUGGAACGUAUAUCCGACUCAAUCCAUGAACAAAGAAGUAUUGGAGGAGGAUCCACUUGUGAUCCACCCGCCAAUCCACCGCCAUAUCUGCCUACCGCUCCUCCACCUUAUGAGGACGACGGGAGUAGAUAUGCAAUUAGUCAUGAAACGGAUGAGAUUAUUGGUCCUGUAUUAUGCCUAAUGCGUGCUAAUGGUUGUGGCGAUUGGCCCCAACCAGCUGUUGGACUUGGUUCUGGCGUGAUCCUCCUAGCGCAGCAGCUUAUUGGUAGUGUGGAAAGAAAAGAACCGGAGUCAAUGAGUCCUAAGAUGGACUCUCCUUCACCAUCAGACGUCAGUUAUCGGACGCUCCCGCAAGGGAUUUCAAAUUCGCCAAGUGACUCGUCUGAGGUGUCGUCACUAGCAAGUGUACGUACAUCAGGGUUUGGUUUCACGGACGACGAAGUAUUGUCUGGAAUGCUUCGAAGUCAUUCUACGCUGAUUCAAGAGAUUGAGCACGCUACGGAAAGAGUUGACAAUAUGCUCCGUCGAAGCGAUCAGGUCUUCGUAACUUUUCUUCUAAACGAGAAGUAUCACUUCUGUAUUAACUUCGAGUUGUUUGAUGUGGGCAUAGCGCAGUCGGUAAAUCUGCUGCGACUGCUGAUUGGACAGUUUGAAACCGAACUAGGAUAUCCAAGUCUUUCGUCCCUCAUCUCGUCAUCCAUUAAGUUGGCACCAAUUUUGAUGAAAACGUGCUACAUCGUCUAG